AGCGUGUGAUGAGUCCUGUGGCCAUGACGCAGUUCAUGUGCAGUGCAUCAGGGGCGUGCAUCACCUUGUUCCAGGCCACAUUCAACCCUGAGGGAAACUCAACUCUGAAAUGUUUAAUUUUCCUUCCAUUGCCAGCAUUUCAAAUAUUCAUUUACUGCUGGGCUGGACAUGAAAUAGUUUAUCAGGAGGAGUUGCUGUCGGUGUCUGGCUAUGGCAGUGCGUGGGUGGGUGCGAGCAGGCGUAUCAGCGUGGUGCUCCAUAUCCUAAUGUGCAACGCACAGAAGCCACUACGACUCACUGCGGGGAAGUUCUACCCUGUCAACCGUGACACAUUUGUCACACUGAUAAAUGCCUCAUAUACGUUCUACACUCUGAUGCGCCAGACGAGGGACCAAGGAUCAACAGUGCAGACAUAAGAGGCCUUGCAUUACAGGAGAGCAGUACAAGUCACUGGGCCACCAAAAUAUUUUCACUACUGCUGUUAAAAUAACUUAUUUCCUAGAUGCAAUUUGCAAGAAACCACUUCAACAAUUUGUAGUCAGCAAGAUUAGUGGAAUGUCUCAACUCUCUGUUGAUUUUUUAACAAUCUGAUGAUAGAACUUGCUAUUUUGACUACCACA